CUUUGAGUGCUGGGAAUGUACGUGGUAAAGAGAUUAGGGUAGCUUUGAGUGCUGGGAAUAUACGUGGUAAAGAGAUUAGGGUAGCUUUGAGUACUGGGAAUGUACGUGGUACAGAGAUUGGGGUAGCUUUGAGUGCUGGGAAUGUACGUGGUAAAGAGAUUAGGGUAGCUUUGAGUGCUGGAAAUAUACGUGGUAAAGAGACUAGGGUAGCUUUGAGUGCUGGGAAUGUACGUGGUAAAGAGACUAGGGUAGCUUUGAGUGCUAGGAAUGUACCUGGUACAGAGAUUAGGGUAGCUUUGAGUGCUUGGAAUGUACGUGAUACAGAGAUUAGGGUAGCUUUGAGUGCUGGGAAUGUACGUGGUAAAGAGAUUAGGGUAGCUUUGAGUGCUGGGAAUGUACGUGGUAAAGAGACUAGGGUAGCUUUGAGUGCUGGGAAUGCACCUGAGACUAGGGUAGCUUUGAGUGCUGGGAAUGUACCUGGUACAGAGAUCAGGGUAGCUUUGAGUGCUGGGAAUGUACGUGGUACAGAGAUUGGGGUAUCUUUGAGUGCUGGGAAUGUACGUGGUACAGAGAUUAGGGUAGCUUUGAGUGCUGGGAAUGUACGUGGUACAGAGAUUAGGGUAGCUUUGAGUGCUGGGAAUGCACGUGGUACAGAGAUUAGGGUAGCUUUGAGUGCUGGGAAUGUACGUGGUAAAUAG